AUGGCACAAAAAGGAGACCAUCUAUUACAGCGCCCUCUCUAUGUGUUUGACCUGCCCGAAGAGCUAUUAGCCACACUCGCUCUCAAAGACCAGCCCGAUCAGCCGACAGAAGAAAUACCGCCCCAAAUACCUGCGACUGCGAACGAGUCUUCCGAUACCGCCGAAGAUGGGAGCAACAGUCCUGCAAAGGCCACAUCGUGCAACCUCUGUGGACUCAGCUUCGCAUCUCUGGCAGACCAGCGCAAUCAUGUCCGGUCCGACCUUCAUGGAUACAAUCUGAAGCAGAAGAUAAAGGGUGCAAAGCCUGUGGGCGAAGUAGAGUUUGAGAAGCUCAUCGGAGAUCUGGACGAGAGCAUAUCAGGUUCUGAGUCAUCAGAAUCUGACGAGGAUGAAGACGAGGAGGGGGUGAAGGCGAAGGACUCUACGCUUAGUGCGCUAUUGAAGAAGCAGGCCAAAAUAUCGGAUCCCGAGUUCAACGAUUUCGCCUCGCGGAAGAAGCAGAAAGGGCCUGGUAAGCCUCCGUUAAUGUGGUUCACCUCGCCCUCGAUACCCGACAACAUGUCACUGGGCGUUUAUCGCGCAAUUUUCUCGAACGCAGAGCAAGAAGACGAGUCGCAUAUCCUGGAAACUUUACGCAAGAAGCAGCUGUCCCCGAAGCAGCCCCCCAAGGUCAAGGCAAACGAGGGCGGCGUCCCGUUACCAGGCACAGACAUAGGGCCGCAUUACUUCCUAUGUAUGAUAGGAGGUGGGCACUUUGCUGCAAUGAUAGUAGCUCUGGCACCAAAGACAGGAAAGAAUCAUACUGGAUUUGAUGAGCGAUCGGCGACCGUGAUUGCCCACAAGACAUUCCACAGGUACACUACACGACGGAAACAGGGAGGUUCGCAAUCAGCCAACGACAACGCAAAGGGCAACGCACACUCUGCCGGUUCAUCGAUCCGUCGUUAUAACGAGACUGCGCUUAUCGCUGAAGUCCGUGAGCUGCUAUCUGGUUGGAAGAGCAUGAUCGAUACUGCGGACCUGAUCUUCGUCCGCGCAACCGGCGCGACUAAUCGAAGAGCUCUUUUUGGCCCGUAUGAAGGACAGGUUCUGCGUCAUAAUGACCCACGUAAUCGAGGUUUCCCCUUUAGCACACGGCGUGCGACUCAAAAAGAGCUGAUGCGUGCAUUUGUUGAACUUACUCGAGUAAAGCAGAGUACUAUUGAUGAAGCAGCGCUUGCUGCUCUCAAUGCUCCUCAGAAAGAAGCGGCGGCCACGACACCAGCUCCAGCAAAACCCAAGCCCAAGAAGCCGACAAAGGAAGAAGAGGCUGCGACACUACACACUUCUCAGAUUAUACCUAUGAUCAAGCGUUCAAAGGUUCCCGCGCUUCUAAACUACCUCAAAACGAACGACGUUCCACCAAGCUUCAACUUUUUCCCCACCAAUCACCACACACCAACACCGCUGCAUCUUGCUGCAUCGCUAAACUCUGCUCCUAUCGUGCUCGCGCUUCUGACGAAGGCCGGUGCCGAUCCAACUUCGAUGAACGACGAAGCACGAACCCCUUUCACGCUGACUGGUGAUCGUGCAACCCGUGACGCUUUUCGUGUUGCACGUUCGGAACUCGGAGAGUCUGCGUGGGAUUGGGAGAAAGCAGAUGUACCUACGGCCAUCACUAAAGCUGAGGCUGACAAGCGAGAUGCUCAAGAGAAGAGCGAGAAAGCUGCGGAAAGUAAGGCUGAAGCUGACCGACGGAAGGCUGAAACCGAACGCGUUCGGAAAGAAAGCGAGGCUGAAGAAGUCAGGAGGAAGGAGCAGAGGUUGGGCAAGGGCAAGUCAUUAGGUGCAUUGCCUGUCAAGACUGGAGCGGACUUACGGGAGGAAGAAAUGAGGGGCUUAACGCCAGAAGCGAGAGCUAGAAUGGAAAGAGAACGGCGAGCUAGGGCUGCGGAAGAGAGACUUAAACGGAUGCAACGUUGA